CAGUCACCAUUUAAUGAUAUUGUAAUAAUUUAUAACUUAAUUGUAUAUUUUUUCAAUAUUUGUAGUUUGAAGGUUCCAGCCUACGAACGCUUCCAUGCCCUAGCUCAGUCCAGCCCAUCAGAUACAUCCUCUGCAACUCUACCCCUUCCCUAUAAGUACAAGACUUUGGCAGAGAUGUUCCGCUGCACUGACACAGUGCUGAAUUUGUUGGGCCAGCGGAAAGAGAAAUGUACCUACCCAAAACUCAGAGAUGCUGUACAGCAGAUGUCGAGAAAGCGAUUUGAGAAAAAACAUCUGGCUCAAAUGAAAACUGUGUAUCCAUUGGCUCUGGAAUUCCGUCAAGAUAAAUGUCCUGGAAAGUCAUCAUCAUUUGAGCUGACUGUUGAGUUUGGAAAAACAGAAGAGUCACUCAGUAAGCUGACACUGACUGCAAGUGAGAUGUUGGCCAGGAAAGAUACCUUUCAAUCAAAUAUGUUGAAAAUAACCAAGAGACACCAUCAGGACUUCCUCUGUAACCUUAAUCCAGCUUUGUCAGUUGAUGAUAACAAGAUCAUGCGCUGGCACCCCAAGUUUCGUCUUGAUGAUGUCCCAGAUGUAGAUGAGGCUGAUCUGCCUCAGCCACCUGUGGUGAAGACCUACAGUAGUGCUCACGAUGUGCUAGAGAAAGCACGAGAUAUGAUAGCACCAAGGGUUGAGAAAGCACUAAGAACAGUUGCUUCAAAGGAGCAAGAAGACAAAGAGCAAAGAACAACUAACAAGAACAACCUUGAAGAAAAGAAAGUCAUCACAGCAUUGAAAGAAAAUACUGAAAAUAAGAACAGCCUGAAGCAUAAAUCAGCCUUGAAGGGAAUCUCUCAAGAUCUGCUGAACAAGAUUCGUCAGAAAGAAGCAAAGAAAAUAGAGGAAAACAUGACGAGAGAUCCGCUAGUUGACAAGAAGCUUGCCAUGAAGGAACGUCUCCCUGACUUAUGCAGAAUACUCAAAGCCUACUUCUCUGCUGAGCGCAAAGCAGCUAUUCCUCUGGAUGAUGCAACAGUAAAACUCUCGGAAAGUUACAAGACUUCCCUAUCUUCAGUACAAGUGGAAGAACACAUCCGAUUCAUGUCACAGCUUGUUCCAGAGUGGAUCUCAGUUCUAACAGUAAGGAAAUGUGCAUACAUCAAGAUCAACAAGACUGCUGAUGUAAACAAUGUCAUAAACAAACUCAUGACCAAAGAAUUUCACUGACGAAGUAAAAGUUGGGAUAAUUGUUGUUACAACAUGGUGACGGUCUGGUGACUUUGACAAUCUGAGAAUUGUUCAUUGAGCCUGCACUGUUAAUGACUUACAAUGGAACACUUUUACUACCCUUUGGAAGUCAUGAAAACAUUGUUGCAUUUGCAUGGUGUUCAUACCCAUGGUCCACAGGAUCAGUUAUUAACUACUUGCUUGUACAUUGAACUAUACCAGAAAUUUUGUGACUAGUGAGACCUUGAUUGGGUUUUGACUGACAACAGCUGUCCAAUCUAACCCAAAAAUCUCCAUGAAAUUUUAAGAGAAGUGAACAAGAAAAGUUAUUGUAAUAUGCAAUAUCAAAGGGAAAACUUUCAAUGACCUAUCAAUAUCAUUCAUUGUUGGCUUGUUUUUAUUACAGAAUUAUCUUUUUUGGGCAAGGUACACAGCAGAUUUAGUUCUGGGCAUUCAGAAAAUGAUUUUUUUAAUAGAAUUUUUACAUUUACCUAAUCAGUAUUGAGUUAUCAUGUCUCUACAUUUACACUGUGUACUGAUCAAGCUGUGUCUGUUUGUAUAUUUUUAUCAUUAGGAAUUUAUCCUUCAACAGUACUUAGUACUCAGUACUGUAUUUUCAUCAUUAAAAGCAACAUUUUGUUGUAAUGUGGCAGAAUUUACUGAGUCUGUAAUAAUUUAUUGUUUAUAGUCAAACCUCUCUACAAGGGCCACCUUCAGGACAUACUGUGUGAAGGUCGCCGUGUAGAGAGGUGUCCGUUAUGGGGAGAUACAUGUAGGGUGUAAUAUGACACCUGUUUUUUGGGGGGUUACGACAUAUUCAUAAUAUUUUAAAAAAACAAUCAAAUUAUCUCAAUAAAACAAACCAAACAGAAACAGAAAUCAAUGACAUGCGGUAUGGAGUUUCAUGACCUUUUACAAUAGAUCACAAGGUUUGUUAAUCACCAUUUGUCAGUCGUUGAUUAACUGGCCGUUGUGGAAAAACCUGCAACUGACUCGGCAUCUUUCACAAGGUC